AUGUCGAAACUUACAACCAAAACAAAGGUCCGCAAAUACGGAAAGCCAACCACGAAGAGCAGAGCAGAACUGCUUUUCGCGGAACUGCCCAAGACUCCGGUGAAACAGCCACGCCGAGAGCCCAUACCACAGAUUCUGGAGCCGAAACCAUUACAGAUUUCGGAGCCCGAAAUCUUGGAGCCCAAUCCGGCCUACCAUGAGCACCACGAGUCGAAACCAGCCCCAGAACCGGAACCGAUGUCCGAUGAGGACGAUGUUCAUGAUGUUACAGAACACUUCGACUCGAUAUUGCUUGAUGAAGAGGACGAUCACCAAGAUGCGCCUUACGCAUCCACGCCGCGACCUUCAAUAGGAAGUUAUACGAGUUACAAUACCUCCAUACAACCACCACCACCACCACCUAGGACAUCACUGUCAUCACAAUCUCCACGACUUUCUCCAUUCAGAAAACUUGCAUCUCCAUCACAGCCAAGUCCAGCAACACUUCAACCACCCACAACCAAGUCCCCAACUAACCGCCAUCCACAACAACUCCCCCUCAAAUCCCCACGAGUCCGCCAACUUAUCCAAGAAGCCAACCCUCAUCAACACCAACAAGACCAAGACCACCAAGAACAACAAGAAUACUCCUUCUACGAUACCUCCUCCUUCCAUACCCUUUCCUGGGCCGACAUCUGCGGUCCCCCCUCGCCCCUUAACUCCAUUACGAAAAUAGCCGAAGCCUCCUACGCCGAAGUCUACCGCAUCACCAACCCUCGCGGGACGUCCAUCAUCAAAGUGAUCCGGUUGCAAUCACCCAUCAAACCGCAAACCAAAGCCCAGAUCAAGUCUGGGUUGGUGGACGAAGAGCCCCACGCCGAAUCGGACCUGCAAGGCGAAUUGAAAAUCAGUGAAUGGCUAGCCGACAUUCCGGGGUUCGUUAUUUACAAGGAGCGGUUCAUUGUCGAAGGCAAAGGAACAAAGGAGUUGUUGGAGACGCAUCAGGUGUUUCAGAGGAAGAUGAAGAGGAAGGACCCCGGAAGGGCGCAAUUUUAUCCGUCUCCGAGUCGGUAUUUGGAGAGCACGAGGUUUCUGGUGGUGGAGUUGGGAGACGCGGGCACGGCGUUGGAGGAUUUCAUGGUUGAAGUGAAAACGGGGGAGGAUAUAUUGUGGGAUGUCUUUCUGAGUACGGCGGUAGCGAUGGCGAGGGCGGAGGGGAUGGUGAGGUUUGAGCAUCGGGAUUUGCAUGAGGGGAAUUUGUGUGUGAGAAGGGUCAAGGGUGCGCGGCAGAAGAAGCCGGCCGAAGGUGAUGAGACGACGGGAGAAGGAGGAGGAGGAGGAGUCAAGUUCGGUUGGUCAGGAUUGGAGGUUACCAUUCUGGAUUAUGGUCUUUCAAGGGCUACGGAUCCAGAGACAAUCGGGCCUGAUGUAGAAUCAUGUCUGACAUCACCUAUCGGACGGAAGACUACGGCCGACAGAGAAGUCAAAGAGGAAGCAGUCGUCUUCUACGAUCUGGAAAAAGACCCGGCGAUGUUCACUUCGACGCACGCGCCUCAGUGCGAUAUCUACCGACUCAUGCGCUCCCACUUGCUCGACAACACGCCUGAAGGAAAACCGAUCUCUUGGGCGGGAUAUUACCCGUACACUAAUGUUCUAUGGCUGUCAUACAUCUACAGUUACCUCUGUCAACACUUUAAAGGGGAUAAACGCGAGCUUAAAGCGUGGAGGGAGGAAACAGAAGAGAUGUGGAGGUACUUGGACCCAGAGCAAGUGGAUGAUGUGAAGCAAGAAGGGAGCAUUGGUUUCGGUGCGGCGGGGGAUGUGGUGGUCUUUGCGGUGGAGAAGGGCUGGAUUACAGAGGAACAGGUGAUGGAUGUUGGGGACAGGAGUACGAUGUUGUUUGAGGAAUCGAGGCUUGGAGUCCCGCCUAUAGAGGGAAUGAAGAGUGAAGGCAAAAAUGCGAUUGCUGAGAGUGUGGAAAAUCAGCAGGCCAGAGAGAGAACUGAGUCAUGGAAUGAGACAUAG